AUGCAUGGAAAUGAGGUGAGAAGGGUUUCGGAAAAUUUAUCACGAAUGACGAUUAACAGUUUCCUACCUCGGUCCAACGGUUUACAACUACCACAACCUACGAUUCUCGAACCGCCCCGCCCAAAUCGAGUUCCAUGUUCCCGGCUAAGUCACCGCUCUAGAGGCCCCUCAAAUACCGCUACAAUCUACGAACCACAGCAGCCGGAACUUCAACCAGUUACACAAGCAACCAUGGAGUUUCUAGAGGUACGCUCGGAGGGGUACACAAUCUCGGAUGAAAGUAUGGAUUUAUCAUCAGACGAUCCUGUCCUUAUCCCAGAGGACCCAGACUGGUUUAUACUCCCAGACAACCCCAUUGAUACCCCAUCCAGUGCCAACGCCGAUACUAUGUCGACAUCACAGGCUAUGCACGUGGGCUGA